AUAGUCGGUUUCUCCGGUUUUGAUUUUUGUUUAAAUACACGGAUUAAAAAUAGCAUUUCUUCACCAACUGAUAACAGACAAAGAAGAAAAGUGAAUUUACUAUGAGUUUAGAAAAAUUUCUGCAAUCCAGUGACCAAGCCACAAAGUAUCUUGCUAGCCAGGUUGGUCCAGAUGGUGUUUUAUUUGACCAAAAUGUAAGUGGUGACCUGUGUUCUCAAUACAAACUUGUCACACUUCUGCUCAUUAGUGGACAUAAUGUAGAAGGUCAAAGGUUAAUGGAGAGGAUAAAGAAAGAUUUUCUUCAGAAUGAUGGUGAUUUUGUAUCAUUUCCUGAAAAGUCGGGGAGAGAAAGAAAGAGUUCAUCUUUUCCAAUGACACACUUCUGGGUUUACAUGAAUAACUGGAUAGCAAUGGGAGCACAAAGAUCUGGAAGAUUUGAUAUUUCAGUACCAGCAUAUAAUUUUUCCAAAACUUUCUAUAACACAGAAAAGAAAGCAGUCUGUGUAACAGAAAAGUUUUCAGAGAUUACAGAGGAAUCUACUAUGGACUGUCUGUCUACAGCACAUUUUGGUCUACUUUCACUUUAUAUGGGAGAUAUAAAUACUGCUAAAGAUUGUGGGGAAACGUUACUUAAUUUCAUUAAAGCACAGCCUGACAUUGAAAAAGAAUUAUUGCUACGCAUGUCUGCUAAGACUGGUUCCUUGCUUACAGUUGUUCCUGACAAUAUGGAGCCUUUUUAUAAAAUCAAAAAGGAAAGUCCAAAUCAACUUUAUUUCUUUCUUGGUUACCAUGGUAUUUUUAUGACCAAGUUGUACCAAGCAACACAGGAUACACGAUUUCUUGACAGUGCUGUUCAAAUCUUAGACUUUGCUCUGACUUGUCACGAAAGCAUAUUUUCGUUUAGUUUUAGUCAUAAAGUAGCCUAUGCCGCUGCACUGGUUGCGACAGAAACAAAAAAUGAGAAAUAUAAAGAAAUGGCAAUCAGAAUUUGUGAAUUUUUACUGUCAAUUCAAAUGGAAAAUGGUUUGUUUGGUAAAGACUUUGAACCAAUUGACAAAUAUGACCAGUCUGCUGAAAUAGCUAUAUGGCUACGAGGAGUUGCCAGUGAACUAAAUAAAUUGAAAUAACUUGUAAUUUUGCUAUCAGUUUUUUUUAUUUGCUCCUUGAUUAGAGUCUUUGCUUUAUUACUAUGUUCUUUACAUGCCAAGUUUUGUGACCACUGGAAAUGUAGGUUCAGUGUAUGCUGACUUUAGGAAAAAAUGAUAUAUUUUAUAUUUAAUAAUAGACUUUAUCAUGUUUAUAUUUAACAGAUUAAACAAUUUUUAAAUAAAAGAAGUCAACAUGGCAAACGACAUCAGUGGACUCCUUAAACAUGUUAAAUGAGUUAUUGCCAUUAAAUGACAACUUUGCCAUU